AUGGCCACUGCAACACCGUCACCUCUGCCAGGUCUUCAGCAACCACCGCCACUGGACUUUGACACUACCUCGGAGUGGCCGGCAUGGAUACAACACUUCGACGACUAUCGAUAUGCGUCGGGCCUGAAUGAGCGCUCGAACGAGGAGCAAGUGUGCACUCUGCUGUACACCAUGGGGCAGCAAGCAAGGGACAUCUUCGUUACCUUCAAUCUCUCUCCAGAAGAUUCGAAGAAGUUUGAGCUGGUCAAAAAUAAGUUCGUCGAGUACUUCAUCAAGGCGACAAACGUUGUGUACGAGAGGGCUUGCUUUUACAAGCGGUACCAGGUGCCGGACGAGUCUAUUGACCAGUUCAUGACGGUUCUACACAUUUCGGCAGAAAAAUGCGACUUCGGAGAAUUGAAGAAGGGCCUCCACCGAGACCGGUUCGUCGUUGGCGUGCAGGACGAAAAAUUUUCCGAGUCACUCCAAAUGAACCCAAAGCUAUCUCUCGCAGCAGCUCUAGCGAAGGCCCGCCUGAAAGAGACAGUCCAGCAGCAACAAGCAGAGCUUCGCAACUCCAACGAGGUUCGCGACAGCACUCAGUCCAAUCCAUGUGAAGAAGUGAAUGUCGACGCAGUGGGUCACCGCACGAAACCGCACCGCAGUGAGGACAGCUCGCUGCCAGCAGUUCGUUACGAAAGACGGUGCAUCUUCUGCGGCGGCCACUCUCACACUAGGACAGACUGCGCAGCUAGGGCACAGAAGUGCUUUAACUGCAGUGUAACGGGACAUUUUGGAAAGGUAUGCCUCAAAGGACCUUCUCCAAGCAACAAGCGAAAAGUAUGA